AUGGCGGUGAUGACGGCAAUAAAGACCCACAUCGACCAUGGUGGAAGAUUACAUGGGGCUGCAAAGGCAGCGGCGGGACUGCUCCGAUCAGUAUCGGCUCCGAAAGAGCCAGUUCAAGAGAGCCCACUUUUCCAAAAAGGGGGGCUGGAUGCAGUUCCCCAGUUGGAACAGGCUGUUCCUCCAGAGAGUAUGUCACAGGAGGACUGGAGAGCUUUGUUGGGGUAUUACCAGAGGGAGGACCGGGUGAAGCAGUCGGCGAGAAACAGCACGAACAGGGGCAAGCAAGUUCUUGCGGGGACCCAUGGUCGUAAGUCUUACUCUCAGUACGUCCACCAGGAGAAGGUUGAAAAAAACAAGGAUGUGGACUUGGUGGAUUUGUUCGAGAUUAAGCACAAGAAGAUGAAGGAUAAACAAUGGGAACACCCGAUGGCUGAAGAAAUACAUUCUCAGCUCAAGAAGAAGAAGGAGGAGGCUGAACAGGACCCCGUUCCAACACCAGAUCCUGACAUUGUCAUGGAUGUACGGGGACCCCGGGCAGGGCAUCGUCGAGGCAUAGAGCGGGUCAUCAGGCAGAUGGGUACCGAGGCGUAUGACUAUACGCAUCUUACCCAGGGACAACCACGUGCAUCAUUCGACUUGAACAAUGACCCACCUCAGCCUAGCCAGACGUCCUCCUUAUUUGAGGAAUUAUUUAACUAUUCUAGUUAUGCACAGGCUCCUUUUCCUCCCCAGCCGUCCCAGCAGUUGCCCACAGCUAGUCCACACCUUACACCUGCAUUUUCUCAAGUCUUUUCCGAUCUCAUUUUUUAAUCGUUUAAUUUCAUCGACCAUUAUAUCAAGAGCUGUCACAGAUACAACACAAAGCAGGUCUUUCAAACAUGGGUAGUUGUGUUUACCAGCUCUGUAAAUCCUGCUUUCUUCCAGUUGGCCCUUGAUUUCUGUAUCUUGACCGAGGAGGACAUCAUUAACACAUUGAAUUAUUCUUUGAAAUGUACAUCUCCCCUGUAACUCGGACUUGAGGAGUGAAUGCUCAGCCUCAACUCUGUUGGUAGUGUAGUUACGGUAGUUGAGGUGCUGAUCUACCCAAAAGGACACAAACUUUUCCUUGUACGGGGAAAGCCACUCCUUCUGUAGGUACUUGUAAACCUCUGUCAAUUUAAAAUUUGAUUAGCUUGUGUAGUCAUGUGAUUUACCAAAAAUUAGAAAAAAAAAUAAACUUCAAAAGCACUUCACUUACUGUCUAAACGAGGACCCAUCUUCUCUUUUAAA